UCUAGAGCACUCACUCGUGUGGACUUCUGGAUGCCAGGAUAUUUUGUAGUCUCCGUCUCUACAUUCCAGUUAUUCCUUCCCUGCGUCCUGGGUACAUUGAUCGACAUGAAGAGUGAGUUAUUCGUGGAACGAAUCUACAGCGUCUCCUGGCAUGAAAUGCCUAAAGCGCAGCAAAAAUUGGUUCAAAUUAUGCUUGAUAAAUCCCAGCAUUCGAAGCUGUUGACUUACGGGGGAAUGACACCAAUGAAUAUGAAUUUGUUUCUAUCGGUGUACCGGAAGAUCUACUCCAUUUUGAUGAUGCUACUUAACAUGAAGGAAUAGUUUGGUAAUCAUACGAAAUACUCGAACUAUCACUAGGAAAGUGUAUAAUUUAAACAACUAAACACACAGCUCCUAAUAUUUAU